AUGUUCACGCCACUGGUCUUGCGGCGCAACUUCUCCCUCUCUAGUCGGCUAUCGCAUUCGCGCAUAAUUCGACAAGCGGCACGCGAUGGUCAUGGGAGUGCCAUAAUACAGCGAGUGCGUAUACGGCGACCAUUCCUUAGCAAGUCACGUCUAGUCGGUGCUGUCGCCAUCGGAGUGGCCACGUACGGCCUCGGACAAUAUGUCGGCAUAACAGUCGAAGUGGAAGAGGUAAAAGAGGGGGAAAGGGCUUCCAGGCCUGGGCAAGAUGGGUGGACAACAGUCGGGCCUGAAGACGACGAGGACGAGGAUGACGAGUAUGACGACGCGUUACUAUUCCUACCAACCGGACUCUCAAGACCACGACCGAAGAAAUUUUGGAAAGGCUCAGACCCCGAGUGGCAAGAGUUCAAGAAGAUCGCAACGGACCGCCCAAGGGUUGACAAGAUACGAGGAGAACUAGUUCUUAUGACACGCCAGACCUUCGCCCAGAGCCCCCUAUUCGUCGCCAAAGCCGGCAAAAUCGACUUACACAAAGGGAAAACGUGGGUUGAGUUCAAGUUCCCCGAUACCAUGCCAGACGAGUACGAGCGCCCUGGUAUCGAACUGACCGAAGACCUGGAGUGGCGAAGGGCAACCCGGCCGGUCGAACCCUCGCAUCAUCUUCGCUUGGAAAGAAUAUUGUAUCCUAAAGAAGCAGCGAAAGCGCUCUAUCAAGACACAACGAAGAAAGCUGGCAGGGCAUGGAAAGACUUUAACAUCUACAUGGGAUGGUCGCAAGAAUCGCAAACAGAAGCUGUCCAGCAGCUCGUCAAGCGCAUAUCUGCGAACCCACAGUCAACUCUGAACAAAACGACGAGCAUAAACUCAGGACCCUUUUCGACAUCCGCGAAAGACACUGAACAACCAGGCACCACACCGUCAUCAGCAGCCCCCGUUGAUGGUCCGGCCAAGGACCUCAAUGGUAUUCUCCUUCCUGAUCCCAAAAAACUUAUGCUGGACCUGACACAAUUCCGCACCGACGUGCGCAAGGCCUCGAAUACCGCAACCACACCGGUGGUCAUUCCACGUGGUGGCUUCUGGGUGCUCGGUCUCAUUGAGAUUUAUGGCGAACGAGCAAAGCUAACGCUAAACGUUCAUGCCGUUUAUGACCCUAAACAAGAACGUUAUGUCAGUAUACGAGCCGUGCCGUUCAAUUUUACCGAACUGAGACAACGUCCGAAAGGUGGACCGUAG